AAAUGCAAAAUGGCCGUCGAUCACUGCUGGAAAAAACAGCCUGCGCUCGUAGCAGACGCGUGUUCCUCUUCGGUCGAAAAUCCUGCUGUUUCAUUCCAGGGUCUUGUCCCGUAGGGUGUCCAGGCUAAGUGGCCGUGGCCCUGAAUCACGAUGGCGGAACUCGGGGCUGCCCCUUUGCCCGAGGGCAACGGUCUAGGCCCACAGGGUGCGGUGGCCGCCACUAAGACGGAUGCUGGCAGCUUUGACACGCCCCGUGAUCACGACGAAUUGACGACGAUGAUGACUUCGGACACUUUGCGACUGCCACCGCUGCACUUCCGGCAUCUGCGGCGGACGCGAACCACAUUCCAACAGCGGACGAUGUGGCCACCUCAGCGGUGGCUGAUAAAUGUGAUAGCAUGAAUGGGGCGCCAUUGCCCGAUCUGUGCUUAGAUGAUAGUGACGGUGAAUGUGAGACUAGUCAGGACGCAAGUGGGCCGGUGCGACGAGCUUCUGUGGACCUGCCGCCCUCCGGCGAGACCGGCGCCGUCAAGAGGGAGGACAGCUUCGAUGACUUCCAGCAGGCCGUGGCACCACCGCCAUUCGAGGCGGCGCUCGCACCGGUGGACGAAGGAAGCGACUUUGCGGACUUUGAGCAAGCGUGUGACGCAGUGGUGCAAGAAGGCAACUGCGAGUGGGGCGAUUCUGGUGGGGACGGUUUUGCGGACUUUGCAGCUUUUGGGGAUGCGUCGAAGACAGCCGUCGAGGACACCGACUGGGCCGACGAUGGCUGGAAGUCGUUCGCCGGUGCGGAGGACGGUGGAAUGUCGGUUGCGUCGGCUGUUGCGAUGCCGGAGCAAGGGACUGUCUGUGUUCAGCUGGCCUCAGGAGAUGGCUCAUUCGAGAACUUGCUCCAGAGGGCCUACGCCCUCGAGGGUUCCCCAUCAAGUACUGUCUCUGCACAGGAGGAUGAAGACUUUGUGGCCCUUACCUGUUGUGAAGCACAUGUAAGACUGUGGGAGCAGCUCCAGGAUCUGGACCGUGCCCCGUCGCUGAAGUUCAGCUGGAAUGGCUCACAGUCCUGUCAGCACUUGCUUCAGAGUCUGUCCAUUGACUCUAGGAACAUUCUGCGUAACCCUUCAGUUCCACUGUUCGCCUCUCACCUGGGUCUGCUGGAGCCCCAGCGCGGCAGCACGGGCAGCCCCUCCGCGGAGGAGCCGGCAUCCUCCGCACCUGCCCCUCCGCCUGCCUGCUCCGAG